AUGGCAACAACCAAGGCAUGGCAGUAUACGAAUAUUCGUGACGGCCUCGAAAAUUCUCUCCACAUAAACGUAUCUGCACCGGCGCCAUCCAAAGCAUCGCUCUCGAAGGGCCAAAUCCUCGUGCAAGUCAUCUCGGCCGCCCUGAAUCCCGUCGACUACAAGCUCCCGGAGGUCGGCCUAAUAAGAAUGCUCGUGCUCCAAAAUCCCGCGACACCAGGGCUCGACUUCUGCGGACGCGUUGUGGCCACCCAUGAUUCCGACCAGGACAUGCGCGAAGGACAACUUGUUUUCGGAGCGGUCUCGCCAUUAUUAAAGUACGGCACCCUCAGCGAACUCAUUGUCGCCCCUACCUCCCAGUGCACCAUACUGCCAGAUGGCGUCGAUCCGAACCACGCCGCGGCGGUGGGUGUGGCCGGCUUGACUGCUUAUCAGUCCCUACUACUGGGAAAAACAAAGGAGGGAUCUAGAGUUUUCAUUAAUGGAGGUAGCGGAGGAACGGGCACCUUCGGUAUACAACUAGCGAAGGCCAUGGGCGCCCAUGUAACCACGACCUGCUCUACGGCAAAUACGGGUCUGUGUCGUCAGCUGGGUGCGGACAGCGUACUGGACUACAAGGAAGUCAACGUCAUCUCGGAACUGGAGAAGUUGGGGCAGGUUUUCGAUGUUGCAAUCGAUAACGUUGGAAUCCCGGAUUUAUACGAGACCAGCCACCACUUCCUCAAACCCGACGGGAAAUUCGUACAGGUCAAUUUCAAUCUUCUGGCCAUUCGACGGAAGCUACAGCCAGCAUGGUUGGGGGGUGGAUCGAGGCAGUUUAUUAUUGUUGGGGUCAAGACCAAGAUGGAAGACCUAUCACGGAUUGGGCAAUGGCUGGAGGAAGGCAAGGUGAAACCUGUUGUCCAGAUAUUCAAGUGGGAGGAUGUGCCGAAGGCAUAUGCGAUGAUUAGGUCGGGACGCACAGUAGGGAAGAUUGUUGUCCGUGUCUCAGCCUUGUGA